GAAUCUCCAAAGCUCCUGGACGAGGAGGAGGAGGAGGAGGAGGAGGAAGUAUCAAAAUAAAACUGGAAAUGUCCCAUCUCUACCGCAUCCUGGUCAGAUACCUGUUCCUGGCCCUCCUUUUGCAUGCUGAGGAAACAAAAGCAAGCUGAGGUUAUGUGAUUUUCCCAGGGUAUACAGGGCUGGGAGAAGGUUCCGCCCUUCUUCACCCAGAUAGCAGAUCCCAUCCUCGGUCUUUAGAGAAGAGUGCUUGGAGAGCUUUCAAGGAAUCUCAGUGUCAUCACAUGCUCAAGCAUCUCCACAAUGGAGCACGGAUCACUGUGCAGAUGCCACCCACAAUUGAGGGCCACUGGGUCUCCACAGGAUGUGAAGUGAGAUCUGGUCCAGAAUUCAUCACCAGAUCUUAUCGAUUCUAUCAUAAUAAUACCUUCAAGGCCUACCAGUUUUAUUAUGGUGGUAACCGUUGUACCAACCCUACCUAUACACUAGUCAUCAGGGGUAAGAUACGGCUUCGCCAAGCAUCCUGGAUCAUCCGAGGAGGGACUGAAGCAGACUACCAGCUACACAAUGUCCAAAUCAUCUGCCAUAGUGAGGCUGUUGCUGAAAGACUUAGUCAGCUGGUAAAUCGUACGUGCCCAGGUUUCAUCCCUUCAGAUAAUCCUUGGGUGCAAGAUGCCACCUAUGACUUAUGGCGAGAGGAAAAUGGCCGGGAAUGUACCAAGGCAGUGAAUUUUGCUAUGCAUGAGCUUCAACUGAUUCGGGUAGAAAAACAGUACCUCCAUCAUAAUCUGGAUCAUCUUGUGGAGGAAUUAUUCCUUGGUGAUAUUCACACUGACUCUAGCCAAAGGAUGUUCUACCGACCAUCUAGUUACCAGCCACCCUUACAAAAUGCCAAGAAUCAUGAUCAUGCCUGCAUUGCAUGCCGAAUCAUCUACCGUUCAGAUGAGCACCAUCCUCCAAUAUUGCCCCCCAAAGCUGACCUGACCAUUGGCCUACAUGGGGAGUGGGUGAGCCAGAGAUGUGAAGUACGCCCUGAAGUCCUCUUCCUCACCCGCCACUUCAUAUUUCACGACAACAAUAAUACCUGGGAAGGUCAUUAUUACCACUAUUCUGAUCCCAUCUGCAAGCAUCCCACCUUCACUAUUUAUGCCCAGGGUCGCUAUAGCCGUGGUGUACAUUCUGCCAGGGUCAUGGGAGGCACGGAGUUUGUGUUCAAAGUGAAUCACAUGAAGGUCACCCCCAUGGAUGCAGCCACAGCCUCUCUCUUAAAUGUGUUCAAUGGAAAUGAAUGUGGAGCUGAGGGCUCAUGGCAGGUUGGAAUUCAGCAGGAUGUGACCCACACCAAUGGUUGUGUUGCCUUGGGAAUUAAACUACCUCACACUGAGUACGAAAUCUUCAAAAUGGAACAAGAUACACGGGGUCGGUACUUACUGUACAAUGGCCAGAGACCCAGUGAUGGAUCCAGUCCUGACCGGCCAGAAAAAAGAGCCACAUCUUACCAAAUGCCCUUAGUUCAGUGUGCAUCUUCAGCACCCAGAUCAGAAGAUCUAACAGAGGAGAACACAAUAGGUCACUAUGGGAAUGGGACACCUGAAAGAAAUUUCUGUACUGUACUCCUAACUCUGAUUGCAUGUCUUUGGACUGUUCCACAUUGGAAUACCUUCAGCUAGAUUUCUUUAUGCUCUAAAAUAUAUAUAUAUAUUUUUUAUUUUCCAAACUAGGAUUCCUUGGGAUUUGUGGAUUUUCUUUUCCAAAGAAAGGACAUCUAUUCCCCUGAUGCACUCAAAUGCCUGAGAACUGUUGUUCUUUUUCUUCUCCCCUCCCCCCAACCCCCACUCCCAGCCCCAGAAUCAUGAAUAGUACUCGUUUGAAGUUUCUGCUUUGAACUUCAUCCAGUCUGUUCCCUGGCCUGAGUGACUGCACAACAGUAAUUGCACUUUAGGACUGCAGACGGUUUGUGGGUAGUAGAUUCUUUGGGGGUUGGGUUUUUUUUUUUAAUCAUAUUAUUUGGCUGGGUUGAACGUUAGUUGAAAAACAAAAAGAUCCAGCUACAGUUUUCACUGCCAUUUUCCUCUUGUCACGUCCUUUCCCAUCUCUGAAACUGCCUCUCCUUCAAAAUCUAACCAUCUUGAAUAACCCUGUGCAGUAUUGGGUUAGUCCUGGGAGAAUGGCGUCUUUUUACUCAAAGAAAAUGCUUUGGUGUAGAUAUGUAUAUAUUCAAAGACACAAGGAUUUAUCUAAAUGAUCUUUACAAGUUUUAUACAGAAGAGAGAAUUGAAAGCCUUCCUUUCAGAAGUACCGAAUGGAAAAUAUCUGUAAUUAAAAUUUCAAAGUAAUUUAAACUAUUUUUACAUAUAUAUUUUUUAACUUUUAAAGAAUAUACUUAGUGGAGCAUAUGUGGCACUGUUCUCUGUUCCUCAUUUGAGUAGAAUCAGAAGGGACCAUUAGAGGUCAAUUUCAUCUAACCCACUACCCAUUACUGUGAUUUUGUUAUGUUAGGUUUGAUGUUGAUUCUAUGCCUCACUGUGUAAAUAGGUAACUUGCUGGAAUCGGUGUGUAGGAAGCAAUGCCAUUACAAAUCAGAGGAUACUCAGUAAUGUAUCAGAUAUGUAUAGGUCUAACCAAGUGCCACAUGAACAAUGAUAAUAAUAUAGUCCUUUUCCUAAUAUGCCAUUUCCUUUUCCUAAAAUUCUCACCCUGGCUUGUAUUAUAUUUUGUUAUAGUAAGCAGAAGUAUCUAGAUUUGUACCUUUUACCAUCAAAAACACAUUUUUAGGAGAAAAGUUUGCUGGGAAAGGGCUUGGUGUUCAGAGGAAAGGUAAAAUUUGGUAUACUGUGGGAUUUGUAGCAUCUUUCAUACCAUAUGUAUCUUGGCUUUUGUAUUAAAUCUUACUAUCAUAUGGAGUCAGGUAACUAGACUAACCCUCCUCCUGUUCAGCAGUUGACUUAGUUAUGCAGCUUGGAAUAAGCAAGUCUCUUCAUUACUCAGUCUAAUCUUGUGCAAUUUCUACCCCUAAUUCUGUCCCACUGAGAUACUGGAAGGGUGAAUGAGUGGUAAAUGAGACAUUACAUAUCUGUAAGUGCUUUGGAUUCUUGGGAAAAGAUCUAUGUGAACACUAAAUAUUCUGCAGAAUAGAAACUCAUUAAAAAGAAAUGAAACAAAUAGGCAACAGUUGAAGGUUUAGAUUUGCCUGAAGAUUUAUAGAAGGCAAAAAAUCAGAGUAAAGACUUUAUUCUAUUUAAUAUUAAAAUUAAGUGUCAGUAAAAUUGUGAUUUAAAUUUUUAAGGAUCUAUGGGUAUGUACUAUUAAAUAAAUGUAUUUAGAUUAUAUUUAUAAUUAUGAAGAUGGCCAAGAUCAUGUAUUCAGCAUAAAAAUAUUAACUUGAUUUGCCAAAUUUAUUACAUAGUGCAAAGAACUGGAAAAGUGUUAAUGUUCCUGUAAAAUUUCUGUUAACUCUGGAUCCAUCUAACAAGUAGAGUAAGCAUUCCAUCAUCAUAAGCCAUAACAAAUCAUAUGAAACCUAUGAUAUUUACUCUCAUAGGCUAUAUCGGUGAUUUAACCAUAAAAAUGACAAGUUAAUAGCUUUUGAAACUAGAGCCUCUAACCUAUAGGUCUGGAAAAUUGCUUCUACAUUAAAUACUUGCAGUUUUUAGAAAAAUAUGUGUGUGUUUAUACAAACAUACACACACACAUAUACAGAUACAUAUUUAUUUUUCAAUUUGCAAGUUUAACAAGACUGUGUGUAUGUAUCUCUAUAGAAGAAAUGAAUGCAUAUAAACAUCUUGCUAAAUAGAAUUCAUGUGGAUAUAUAUCCUUUCACUUUAAUGCUAAUAUAAUUUAUUAGAAAUGAUAACCAAGAUAACACAUUUAUAUAGUUUGGAUACAAUGGUGGGUUUUCUGGCUGUUACUUGCAACUGUGUGUGUGUGUGUGUGUGUGUGUGUGUGUGUGUGUGUGUGUGUGUGAGAGAGAGAGAGAGAGAGAGAGAGAGAGAGAGAGAGAGAGAGAGAGAGAGAGAGAGCUUGAACUUGUGUUUUUACAAACUUACUUGGGUCUAAAAUCUUGUUUUGGUGUGGGAUCACUUAACCAUUUUUAUCUCUUAUUUUGUAUAAUUCUUAUCCAUGUAUAUCUGUAAAUUACAUAUGGAGAACACAUCUGACACACUGGAGACUUUCCUCUGAUAUUUUUAAUUUUUUGUGGGUACCAGUGGAAUCUAAAUUGUCCAUUGUUUUUAGUCCUGAAAUAUGACUGGUCGACCUCCUUCCAAGACAUGCACAGCCAGAUAAGAUGAAUCUUAUUCCAUGACUAGGUCACAGAUUAUCAUGGGUAAUAUAGUUGACUUACACACAUAUGCCUUUCUGUUGCCCUUUGGGUUACUUAUAAUUUUGAGUAUUUUAAAGUCAUGAAGUUUUAUGAGUCAUAGCCACAUAGCAUCACUAGGAGAACAUUGUAUUUAAAAAAAAAAAAACACUUGAGAUCAUUGAAAGCACUGAGGAGUUAAAUAAAUGCAAUAUAAACAAUUCACCUGUUCAGUUCAGGAUGUAGUUCAUUUUCCAUUGCCAGUAUCCAUCCAAUGAUUUAAUUGAUUAGGCAUUUACAGGCACUAUCCAAGACGUACAUGUUGGUGGAUUAACCCAACAGGCUCUUAGUUCUUUUCAGAACCAUAAUCUUGGUAAUGUUCAUUUUUCAUUCCCUUUGUUCCCUUAGUGAUAGAAGAAUCCCAUUUGAAUUUCUAGGGAUUUUACAGAAGUUUAUAGUAUGUGGAGGCCCAAUGCAGUGGCUAAAAUGGCAUCUGUGAAUUAGAACAUUUAAAGAAAACCUUCACAGAAGUACUUUAAAAAAUAUGCACAGGACAUCUUCCAUGCUAUAACAGUCAAACAUUCUAAGUGGGCUACUAUCACCCUGUUUUAUAUCUAGCUUGAUAUAGAAUUAUUGGACAAAGUGAUUUCUUUAGACCAAUCUGUUUAUAAUAUACAGGGAGCUCAUUUAUUUGAGAAAGAUCUUCAAGACUGAAUGUUGUCCUACUAAAAUCUAGGUUAAAAAAUCCAUUAAAAAAACCAUUAGACACAAGAGGAGCUUUCUCCAUACUAUUUAUGAGUCUGCAAAGAUGUAGAGAAUUUUCUGCCCCUUUUUUAAUGCACUCAUCAGUAACAUUCCCAUUACAUAUAUAGAUGAUUUUUAUCCAGGAUUUAUGAAGCUAAGAAAGUAAGUAUAUAAGUAAAUAGUUGUUGGUUCCUUAGUUUUUUAAAUAAAAGUUUUCACAAGGUGAAGAUCCUGCAUCAGAUUACCCAGAAAUACUAUUGAAUAUUCCACUAUUCUUGGAAGAAUAUGACUAUAAUAUUCAGAAGAGAUCAUAAUCAAGAAUUACAACCUUAAUGUCUUUAAGAUGGCCAUUCUUAGAAAAGUUAUGCUAAUUUUUCUCUUCCAGAUUUUCAAGAUUCUUUUAUAUUUCCCCCCAGUUCUAAAGUAGGAACUGAGUUGCUAUCCAGAACCACUAGGAAGUAAGGAAGGAAAUAUUUUACCCCAAUGAUGUAGGACAAAGAGUGUGACUUUGUCCAUAGUAUGUAUUUCUUUGCCAGAAAUCCUUUCCUCAUAACCUUAGCUCAUGUGUGAAUUAUAAUUCCAUCAAACAAUGGUCUUGGUAAGUCACCAUUAUAAAUACUGAGCUUCAUAUUGAACCUUUUAGAACAGUAAUCACUGUGGAAUAAAAAAAAACACAUUUGUCUGAAAUGCUUAAUAUAAUACCAAUCAAUUCUCUCUCUUUCUCUCUCUCUCUCUCUCUCUCUCUCUCUCUCUCUCUCUCUCUCUCUCUCUCUCUCUCUCUCUCUCUCUCUCUGUCUCCCCCCCCCUUUACACACACACACAAAACUAUUCUCUACAUCAUUAAUAUGUUCAAAGACAUUCUAAGGAUGAUUGGUAUUCUGGCUGAAAAUUCUGUCUUAUGUAACUAGAAUACAUUAAUUCCCCAUGGAAAUGAAAAGAAACACUGAUAUAUGCCAACUCUAACUCAGAAACCAAUAAAUAGCCUUAGAGUUGCCAUAUCAGGACAAUUUAUUCAGAAGAAAAUAUUUUCUACUUGGACUGAUGAUGGGGCUUUCCAUGCCUUCUAUAGGUAUUUCUCACAUUUUUAUUGCACUUGAUUUCCUUCAGUUCUUGGAUAUUACUGUCUGUUUAAGCUAAAUCUAAUGGUGAGGGGGUAAAUGAAAGAAAUAGCUCUUAUUCAUUUCUAGUUUCAUGAAGAAACAUAAACAUUAUUUACUCAACAUUAAGAAGAUUGUAUAUUCCUUACCUGUGACCUUCAUAGAACUAAUUUGGACUCUUCAAAACCUUAUGGUGCUACAACUUGGUGGAUCUCACUUGGGAAAUUGACUUGGGUCACAAUAACUUUUGCUAGUAGCCUGAGUAAACCCUAGCAAUGAAGCUUACUGCCCUUUUGCCACCUUGAUCACUAUUCCUUUCUCCCUCCUCGAACACAGUUCUAGUCUUCAGAUACUGAUAUGAACAGGGCUUCUCUAUCAUAUGGAGAAAUCUAGGGUUAUUUUAGUCUCCAACUUCUACAGCAAUGAAGACACAGUCCUGCCAACAUCCUUAACAAAGGCACAUAACUGAUUCAGUUUUUCAAACUAGAUUCUGAACAUUAUGGAAACAAUAGGGCUGCUAACCUGGAUGAGACUUAGGGUUUUAAACUAGACCAAAAAUUCAUUCGUCUCCUUUGACAGACAAACUGAAAAGGUUUCCAAAAGAAAAACUUUUCACAUAUAUGCUGUUAAACAUCAUUAGGGUGUCUAUCAAAUUGCCUUUCAUUCUAUUAUGAACAGCAGGUAUCUGUAUUCCAAACUGAGGCAAACCUCUAGAGGAGUGAAGUCUCAGGAAUUUUUAGAAUUGGAAUCCUUUAAAGCUUUGUCCUCUAUGGGUUGUGGGAAGUAAUAAUCUAGUAAAAAAAAAAAACUUCCAUUGGCUAAUUCAAUAUUAUAAUGAAUGAGGUGGGAUAAUGAACAUUUUGAGCCACUAUUAGGAAGGAUCAUGUGUAGGUAAUCUCCCUAUUUCCUACGUAAGACAUUAUUAUAGAGCAUAUUUUUGUACAGAUUGUUUCUUUUACUAUAAUAUGAGCUCCUUGAGGGUGAGGAUUAUUUUUUGCUUCUGUUUUUGGUUUUAGUAUCCCUACUGCUUUAGCAUAGUGCCAGAAAUAUGCUUGUUGAUUAAUCAGUGUUAGCUUUGAAAAGAGACAAGUGGGGAAAGGAUCAGUUUUGCAAAAGAUGCUCCAGAAAAUAUGCAGUUGGUUGAUAAGAAAAGAUGUUUCACACUGAAUUAUUUGGAAAAUAUUGGGAAAUACUAUUCCAUAGCAUGCUCUUUAUGAAAAGGGGGUUAAUCAGCUUCAUAAUAACAUUCUCAACUAUCAGAUCAUCUGUACAAUUUAUGAUAGAGUAUAACGUCCUUGAGGGCAGGCAGGAAUUGUUUCAUUUUGUCUUUAUAUUUCUAGUGCCUAGCACAGCAGCUGACAUAGGAAAUGAUCACAAAUAAAUGCUCUGAAGGACUGAUUAUGAGAGAGAACACUGAAAACAGCCUAAAGAGUCAGUAGGAUAUCUGGGUAAAAAUAAUAUUAAGAGGAGAAGAUUGCAUAAUAUGCCAUCAUUUGACAGCAUAAUAGCACUGGGACAGGGUUAAGGUAAAUAAAAGCACCUUUGGAAAGGAUCAUAAUGAGAAGAUUGACUUAUCCAAUAUUACUACUAUCAUAUUAUGCCAAAAGUAAACAGGUACCUUAGCAAAAGAUAGGAUUGUUUGUCUUAGAAGUUAUUUUUCCUUAUGCUUUUAAAGUGUAACUUCUUCCUAGCAAUAAAGGGAAUACACAAUAUUUGUACUGUAAUCAGUUUCAAAGCAAUAAUGUUUCUUGUAGAUGUCUUUAUCAUUUACAUAGAGCUUCUUGUCUUUUUCAUAAAGCAAUGUGUUUUUAACCCAAAAUCUAGUCCCUUUCCCUCCUAUUUCCAAUGCUUUUCCAAUGUCAGGGUAUUUUUAUUUUUAUUUAGCAUUUAUGUUUUGUAAAUAAACAAAGCAAUUCUUCUCUUUCUCACUGUGUUCCAGUUUACAUUGCUGGAGAAAUUUGAAUAAUUGUCAAAAGAUUGUCUGAAAUAAAGGCUGUCAAAUAAAGCACUAACACCCCUCAAGAAA